UCUCUUUACUUUCCCCUCUUUUUCUCCCUCUUCUCCCUAUAUUUAGCGUUCAGUGGCUUCCAAAGGAUAAAAAAGAGCGCUUUCCAUCAGAAAACCAGCCGCAGCUCUUCAUGAGAAGCGGUACUGGUCUACUACCUUUCCCGAUUUCCUACUACUGGUUUUCCACCGCAGAAUCUUUUAGUUCUACCUCGGUUUUGGUUGUCUUUGGUGAGAGAAAGCGAGAGACAGAGAGAUGGUGGCUCUGCGGAAAGUGGGCAAGUACGAGGUGGGGAGGACGAUCGGUGAAGGGACGUUUGCUAAAGUGAAGUUCGCGCAGAAUACCGAGACAGGGGAGAGCGUCGCCAUGAAGGUCCUCGAUCGCGCCACUAUAAUCAAGCAUAAGAUGGCCGAUCAGAUUAAAAGGGAAAUUUCAAUAAUGAAGCUUGUUAGGCAUCCCCAUGUUGUACGACUUCAUGAGGUCUUGGCGAGCCGCAGGAAGAUCUAUAUAAUCCUGGAGUUCAUUACAGGAGGCGAAUUGUUUGAUAAGAUUGUUCGACAUGGUAAACUUAGUGAAAAUGAUUCUCGCAAAUACUUCCAACAACUCAUUGAUGGUGUCGAUUAUUGCCAUAGUAAGGGUGUCUAUCAUCGAGAUUUGAAGCCUGAGAACCUCCUACUUGAUUCACAAGGAUGUCUUAAAAUUUCAGAUUUUGGCCUCAGCGCUUUGAGAGUAGAAGGAGUUAAACUUCUUCAAACAACUUGUGGAACUCCAAAUUAUGUGGCUCCAGAGGUACUCAGUCAUAAAGGUUAUGAUGGUGCCAUUGCUGAUACUUGGUCAUGUGGGGUCAUUUUAUAUGUUCUAUUGGCAGGGUAUCUCCCUUUUGAUGAGGUUGAUUUGGGUACUCUUUAUUGCAAGAUCGAGAAGGCCGAAUUUUCAUGUCCAUCAUGGUUUUCUAUUGGAGCAAAAUCCCUGGUACACAGGAUACUUGAUCCUAAUCCUGAUAGACGUAUUCGAAUUGAUGACAUUAAAAAUGACGACUGGUUUAUGAGGAACUAUGUGCCCUCUAGAUAUGUUGAAAAUGAGGAUGUUAACCUUGAUGAUGUAUAUGCUGUUUUUGAUGACCCCGAGGAACAUCAAGCUUGUGAGUCUUUUGGAAAUGAUGAAGCGGCCCCUCUGGUUCUCAAUGCAUUUGAUCUAUUCAGCUUAUCUCAAGGGUUGAAUUUGGCAGCACUCUUUGAACGAAGACAGGAUAAUGUUAAACAUCAAACUAGAUUUCUUUCACGAAAACCUGCUAAAGUGCUUUUGUCAAGCAUUGAAGUUGUAGCACAGUCAAUGGGCUUGAAGACUCACAUUCGCAAUUAUAAGAUGAGGGUUGAAGGUCUAUCUGCGGACAGAACUUCCCAUUUUUCAGUCAUGCUAGAAAUUUUUGAGGUAGCUCCAUCAAUUUUUAUGGUGGAUAUUCAACGAGCAGCUGGAGACACAGAAGAAUAUUUCAAGUUUAACAAAAUCUUCUGCGGCAAGCUUGAUGACAUAAUAUUUAGACCACCAGCAGAGAAAAGCAAAUCACGUCUGUUAAGGAUGUCCAAACGUCAAUCUCCAGCAUAAAUUAUGUGCAUAUAUGGCCGCAGAAGUUCAUCUCCCCAGUUUUUAUUCUGAAGCUGGUAAUUCAUUUAUGGUGAUUAUUUGUUAUAUCCAAAUCCCUUUGAACUGUUUUCUCUGUUAAUCUCUUUAGGUGAUAAUAUAAGGUAAAAUAUGGUGUGUUCCUCAACAGAGGCAGUUUGGUCCAAGGUAGUAAAAUGUUGAUCUUCACCUUGUAGUUCUUACCAACAGCUUUUACUCCAUGAACCAGCUUUUAUGCAUGUUAACAAAUUCUUUGAACUUAGCUACCUUUUAAGAGCAAUUUUGCAGCAUUGUUGUAUAAGUUACAUGUAUUUUCUCAUUAAGAUUUUUGAAAAGAACUUUGACUAUAGUUUAUUUUAU